UCUCUUUGAUCUAACUCUGUACACUGACACUUGUUGGGCAUACAUGCAUGCCUGUGUGUCUCUCUGUAGUUUACCAAGUUACCGGCAGAUGAAGAAGCCACUUCUGGGUGACAUUUCAGCCUACGUUACGCGGUUGUCACAUGUAUGAGGAGCCAGAUGAUCAGACAUCUGGGGCGGACGGCACGUCACCAGUCAGUGUUGUAUUCUGACAGCUAUAGUCAGCAUGUUUAGCAGUUGCUGUUAACUUCCUGACGGGAUCAUAGGCGAGUUAGGAAGGAUACAAUAAACACAAACGCCAGAGGGAGUGACCCAGCAGUCUGAACCACUCACCUGGGCUGCAGGUGUCCACACGUUCUGUUCUACCUGCUGUGAGCAGAGUGAUUGACAGGACCAGCAGACAUGGGGAAGCAGAACAGCAAGCUUCGUCCUGAGGUGAUGCAGGACCUCCUGGAGAGCACUGACUUCACUGAGCAUGAGAUCCAGGAGUGGUACAAGGGGUUCCUGAGAGACUGCCCCAGUGGGAACCUCUCCAUGGAGGAGUUUAAGAAGAUAUACGGAAACUUCUUCCCCUAUGGAGACGCUUCAAAGUUUGCCGAGCAUGUCUUUCGCACAUUUGAUGCAAACGGUGACGGGACAAUAGACUUCCGGGAGUUUAUCAUUGCACUAAGUGUGACAUCACGUGGCAAGCUGGAGCAGAAGCUGAAAUGGGCCUUCAGUAUGUAUGACCUAGAUGGAAAUGGGUACAUCAGUAAAGCUGAGAUGCUGGAGAUUGUUCAGGCAAUCUAUAAGAUGGUGUCCUCUGUCAUGAAGAUGCCUGAGGACGAGUCAACACCUGAGAAGAGGACAGAGAAGAUCUUCAGGCAGAUGGACACCAACAGAGAUGGCAAACUGUCUCUGGAGGAAUUCAUCAAAGGAGCGAAGAGCGACCCCUCCAUCGUCCGCCUGUUGCAGUGCGACCCAAGCAGUGCUGGACAGUUCUAAACAUGAGGCAUCAACACAACCUUGCUUAUUUGGGUGUCUCUAAAUGCCCUUAACUCUCCACAAGGAGCAGAGUGAUGAUGAAGAAUGACAAGCUGAUGACGAUGAAGAAGACAGGCCUUCAAUAUGCACUGAGGACUUCUAAGACAGGCACAGGAGCCAGAUUCUCCAGUUUACCCCCUUGAGCUGUUUAUCUAAACCCUCCAGUCCCCAGCUAAGACUCAACCUGAAGACAUUUCCAAACCCUCAUCAGGUCAUCAAACCCCACUGAUUGUAGUUGACCCGGAUCCCUCAGUUCUCCUAUAAGCAUGCCAGAGUAUAAAGAAGCUCUGCAGUAGGUUGUGUAUAUACAGUAUAAACUGGAGUCUAUCAGUGUCUUUCCUUGGCUCUCUGUGCUCUUUGAGGCUCCAGCUGGUGUGACACAGAGCUUCUGUCACUCUUAUGUGUAUCAUAGACAGAGUGUGUGCAUGAGACAACAAGAGAGAGGGGGAGAGGAAGAGAGGGAGGGGGGGACGUGAUGGUGUUGAAUAAGAGGACAUACUGUAGGUGAGACUAUUUAAUCUGCAGAUUGAGAGCACUUGUGAAGUUUGUCCUUCACUCAGAAUGAGUACUGCUUUUAGUUUCCUCUUUUCUACUGUGUGAAUGUGUACGUGUGUUUGUGUAUUUUGCAAACUUGAUAGACUUUGUUUCAUAUUGUGCUGGGACAAAAUUACAUGAACAUGUAAUGUUAUGCUACCAUGCAUAUGCGCCCUAAUCCUUAGUUUGGUUUUGUGAAGUCUCACUGAUGUACUGAAGGGUGAAACGCAUCCCUUUAUCCAUCAUCAGUUCCAGUGGUUUUUCAUAUCGAUAAGAAUUUGAUGGAAAAUUUUGGAGUGGCAGGUUACUGCACUCGGGAUCAAGGAAAAUAGAAAAGUAGUCUUUAAAGUAUUUCAACACAGUGUAGAUAUAUUCAAGUGUACCUAAAUUUGUAAAUUAGAUUCUAAUUGUCCACAUUGCCCCAUUCAUAACAAAUGUUGUGAAACAAUAAAAAAGAAAGUUUGUUUAUUUUAGCUGUUGCAGGAUGUCAAGCAUGCAAACAAGUUCCUCUUUUGACUUUUACUAUGUGAAGAACAAAGAUCUUCACAUUCACUGUUAGAUGUUUUUAAAUGCCGCAUGUUGAAUCAGUCAUUGAACAGUUGGGUACAGGGGUGCAUAGACUAAAUAACACAUAUGCAUGUGACUUAUGCGCAUGUGUGUGUUCACAUGUAUGUUUAUGGAUAUCAGUGGCUAAUCGGCCAGUCACCCAUGAGGGUCAGUGCUUGCUUCUCUAUGUUAGUAUUGUCAACGUUAGCGCUACCAGUAGUCAGUGUCAUUGACAGCGAAUGGACUGCCAAAGCUGACAUAUCUAAUGGUUCAUAUGUAUAACUUGAUGGAGGGUAACAAAGAGGAGCUUCAAGGAAGACCACCAUGCACAAUAAUCAAUACACAUGAAGACACAUUCUUUAAUGGGGAUGCAGCAUAUUCAGCAUCUGUUCCAGUUGAGCACAGUAAUGAAGUCACCAUUCGAUUGUAUCUGUAACAGCACCAAACAUACACAAAGUGAACUGACCUCUUUAAAAACAGCCCUCAGUCUGAGCACAUACUAUGUAAAUUCCAUGUACAGAGUUGACUGCAAUGUUUUACACUCAUGAUAUAUGAUUCAGCUCAAGUGCUCGAGUCUCACUUAUACAAACACUCCCCCUAAAUUCAAGCCGAAGGAUUCAUUUGAUAUUAUUUUUUAGUUUUAGACCUUUCUUCCGUAUGUCUUUCCUUUACUUAGCUGUUGAAGAAAACAGAAAAAGCUUUUUUCACGUUGUUUUUCCACUGCAUGGCAUGGCUCAACUCGACUCUACUCAUCUUUGGUACCAGGUACUUACUCUACAAUGCUUUCUAUUACAGACGGCAUCCACCGCACCCUCUUCAGUUAUUCAGCAAUUAGGAAACAGCAUACAGGAGCUUUACUUUGGUGUUGAGAAGUUCCAGCCUUUACUCACUGACAAACUGUAACCUACACUGUACAAUUACUGCUAUACUCUUAACCUUUUCCACACACACUGAAGGGAGCUAACUGCUUUUACUACUGAGGUUUUUGAAAUAAUGGCAUUCUUGCAGUAUCUGCACAGUCACACAAAUAAUCAAUUAGUGGUCUGCACUGUUUUCAAAAAAGUACCAGGUACCAGGUACUAUUCACCAUGAAAAUGAAACAGAGUGAGUUGAGCCCAUGCGGCGGAAAAGACCAGGACCAGUAUGACGCCCAUAUCUCCGAAUGUAACUGAGCCCUCUCAAAGGCAAUUUGAAGCUGUUUCAGUUAUUGUGUUGUUUUCCAAUUAGAAAAGCUUUGAAUGUUUUACUAAGUAACUACUGUUUUUGUGAAAGGUAAAAGAUGCAGACAAACAAACCACGAAUCACAACUACUGCAAUGACUCCGUCACAACGUGUUGCUUUUAUCGUAUUUUUAUGUGUUUUUUUCUUUUCUUUUUUUUUAAAAAAAAAAUGAGUCAGGUGUAACAUUUCUGUUAAAACACAAAAUAGCAUCUUGUGGUCAAGUGCCAAAUAAAAACAAAAACAGUAUUGUAUGAAUUUAUACUGUACAAUUGUUGAACAAAAUUGUUGUUGAACAAAAUGUUUGUAAUUGUUGCAUUUUGUAGGUUUUGUAUGGUAUCCUGUAUUUAGUGACUGCAGUUUUGGAAAACAGGAUUCUGUUUUGUUUUUGUUUUUUUUGUUUUUUUGUUUUUUUUUUUGGUCAACAUUAAAAGUCAAGAAUUAAAUUUACAAUUUACUGUGUGCAAGCAA